AUGAGGAGCAUGAAUCAAAAUGAUCGGCCAUUUCAUUGUCUCCUUGACACCGUUCAUUGCAAGCAUGUCUUCCCGAUUGUAUUGGGAUAUCACAUGUUCACGGCAAUUUUCUUCUCAUAUAUUCUUUUCCCACAUGCACUCCUUAUGACAAUACCUGCUCUAGCAGUGUGUCUCUGCGCCACUUUCGGUUUCCUUCAUCACCACCCCCAACUUCUUGUGCCUUUUCGCAUUUACGUGUACAUUUCGAUCUUCUUCUUGCUCUUUCUCGGUCUCUACAUGUUUUUCAUCAGCGUUUUUGAAAAGCCCAAACACGAGGCAUUAUCACAAAAAUUGUUCGCCCCAUCACCGGAAUUCUUCUCCUUAUGUUUCCAUUUGGUUUCAAAUUUGGCGACUCUUUUCGAUCUGUGGCAACUUCCACUCAUCAACACUACAGCAAAAUACCUCAACUCUUUAAAUGAUGGAACAGAGCCUUGUGUGAUCCAGUUGCCUGUCAUUCCCGAUGCUCUCAGUGCGACUUUCGUG